AUGCGAUGUAUCGUUGGUCAUCUGCAUUCUACAGAAAGCUGCAUGUUUUGUCACAAUGUACGCUUUCUACACCAAGAUCAUGUUCAUUGCGGCGCUGGCAGUCAGUGCUUUGGCGGUACCUUCUCCAACACGUGGGGUCUCCUCGUGAACCGCAACAACUGGCUGACCCUAUCGCCCAAGGUCCUUGCGACCACGUCAACCAGCAUCGACACGCCUCCUACCCCACCGCUAACCCGGACCCCAUCGGUUGAACACGCCGGAGACGGAGCCGGCGUCCUCGACAGGGUGGUCACGGUGCCCCUAUGGCGUGGCGAUGCCGUGGCAGAGCAAAACCAAGAGCAACAACAGCCGGGCGAGACCAACUGGCCCAAACGUCUGGCGGCCACGGUCAUGAUCGCCAUUCGGUUAUUUGUUCGGCCUAACGACGUGAGGGCGAGGCAGGAGAGCCGGGACGAUGAGAAUGGCCACGACCACCGCCACCAUGAGCCGCGCCCUUCACCGUGGGAUCGCGCUAGGGCCAGUGCCCGCAAGCUCCUCGACAGACCCGGCGACACACUUCGCCAAGCCAAAAACCGAUUCCUUGGUCUCUUCGACAACCCCAUCGCCAGGACCGCUCGGCUGCUAGAGCUUGUAAAACGUUUGAACUUCCGAGACAUGCCGCGCCAGCCCGGCAGCAGGCGGCAAAGCAGCGGCGACCUGUUCAUUGCCGAUCGGUGCCGGCGAAGAACAUGUUCUGCCAUCGCCGCCAGCAUCAAGAAGAUUUGCGCCACGCUGGUCGCAGAGUUUCCCCAGAUUGGAUACAACCAGUUGUCACGAUGA